CAUAAAUCUCUUUCUUCCAAAGCAAAGCAAAGACUACUCCGGAAAAUUUAACCUACGUUUGUCUCCGAGUAAAAACGCAAUCAUCAUCAUGUCACUGUCUUCAAGAACCGUUGUAGUGGUUUUGUGUUUUCUGUUCGUAAUCGCUCCAUACUUCACUAGAGCAACAACCGAUGGAGUUCGUGCUAGAUGUGACUCUAAACAAUUUAGGAACGACAAACACUUCCGAUCUUGCAUUGACCUUCCGGUGUUAGACUCCUAUCUACACUUCAGUUAUGUUCGAGAAACCGGAGUACUUGAUGUUGCGUAUCGUCACACCAACGUCGAGAGUUCUAGUUGGAUUGCUUGGGGCAUAAACCCGACGAGUAAAGGCAUGUUAGGUGCUCAAACUCUCUUGGCUUACCGUAACUCCACGUCUGGUUUUAUGCGCGCCUAUACUUCCUCAAUUAAGGACUACUCAACUAUGCUUCAAGAAGGACCUCUCAGCUUUCACGUAACACAACUUUCCGCUGAAUUUCUCAAUGGAGAGAUGACUAUAUUCGCCACUAUAGUCUUGCCUUCUAACACAACAGUCGUGAAUCAUUUAUGGCAAGACGGUCCGCUGAAAGAAGGUGAUAGACUUGGGAUGCAUGCUAUGAAUAGAGAUCAUCUCAAAUCCAUGGCUACUUUGGACUUGUUGUCCGGACAAGUCACGACCACUAAAGCAGCUAACGAUAACAUGUUACUAGUCAAAAACAUUCAUGGACUAGUGAACGCUGUGUGUUGGGGGAUUUUCAUGCCCAUUGGUGUCAUGGCUGCAAGGUACAUGAGGACCUACAAAGGACUGGAUCCCACUUGGUUUUACAUACACAUAUUUUUCCAAACCACCGGUUAUUUUGGUGGUUUAUUGGGAGGACUAGGAACUGCAAUCUACAUGGCUAAACACACGGGAAUGAGAUCUACACCGCAUACUGUGAUAGGGAUCUUUUUGUUCGCUCUAGGUUUUCUACAGAUACUUGCCCUUAAAGCAAGACCGGACAAGAACCAUAAGUAUAGAAAAUAUUGGAAUUGGUACCAUCACACAGUGGGAUAUGUAGUGAUUGUAUUAAGCGUCUACAACAUCUACAAAGGCUUAGCCAUCUUGCAACCCGGAAGCUCAUGGAAGAUUGCUUACAGCACCAUCAUUGGUGUCAUCGGAUUGUUUGCGAUCGUGAUGGAGAUCUUACAAUUUAACAAGAGGUGGGGUGGCUUAUGCUGCAAGAAAUCUAAGGACCUGGAAGCUGAUCAGACGGCUUGCAUUGAUGUCUAGUUUCUUGAGAAUGUUUACUUCUGAAUAAAAGUUAUUUUCUUAA